AUGGCCGACCCGCCCCCGCCGGGGGAAGCCCCCGAAGGGCCUAGAGAGAUGGAGCCCCCGCCCCGGCGGAGGUCAGGCAGGGCGAGAAGCAGCAGCCGCCCUCCCGGCAACCCGGUGCUCAACUGCCUGCGCACCAACCUGCUGCUGCUGAUGACCAUGCUGUGCGUGCUGGGCGGCGUGCUGCUGGGGCUGGCGCUGUCCACCCAGGGCGGCGCGGCCGCCUUGGGCCCCUCGCACCUGGCGGCCUUCGCCUUCCCCGGGGAGCUGCUGCUCCGCAUGCUGCGCCUGGUCAUCCUGCCGCUGGUGGUGUGCAGCCUCAUCAGCGGCAGCGCCAGCCUGGACCCCGGCGCGCUCGGCCGCCUGGGCUCCAUCGCGCUGCUCUUCUUCCUGACGUCCACGAUGCUCGGGAGCAUCCUGGGCAUCGGCCUGGCCGUGAUUGUGCAGCCCGGCGCCGACCUGGCCGGGACGCAAACCAACGCCUCCGCCGCCACGCAGGACGUGGGCAAGUCCGUGCUGGAUUCCAUCCUGGAUCUCCUGAGGAAUUUCUUCCCCUCCAACCUGGUGACGGCCACCUUCCGCUCGUACGCGACCUACUACGAAGACAAGGACUUCCACGGCACCACGAUGAAGGUGCCCGUGGGGCGCCAGGUGGAAAGCAUGAACAUCCUGGGCCUGGUGGUGUUCUCCAUCGCCUUCGGCGUGUGCCUGCGGAUGCUGGGGCCGGAUGGGGAGGUCGUCAUCAACUUCUUCAGCUCCUUCAACGACGCCACCAUGGUGAUGGUCUCCUGGAUCUUGUGGUACGCCCCGGUGGGCAUCCUGUUCCUGGUGGCCAGCAAGAUCGUCGAGAUGGAGGAGGUGACGCAGCUCUUCUCCAGUGUGGGCAAAUACCUCCUCUGCAUCCUCCUGGGCCACCUCAUCCACGGGACCCUGGUGCUGCCCUUCCUGUACUUCCUCCUCACCAGGAAGAACCCCUACCGCUUCCUGUGCGGCCUUCUGACAGCGCUGGCCACCGCCUUCGCCACAUCCUCCAGCUCCGCCACGUUGCCGCUGACCAUCCAGUGCGUGGAGAGGAACGGCAUCUCCAAGAACAUCUGCCGCUUCAUCCUGCCCAUCGGGGCCACGGUCAACAUGGACGGAGCCGCCCUCUUCCAGUGUGUGGCCGCGGUGUUCAUCGCCCAGAUCAACCAGAGGCCCUUGGAUGUAGCCAUGAUCAUCACCAUCGUGAUCACGGCCACCGCCUCCAGCGUGGGCACCGCGGGGGUCCCUGCUGGAGGUGUCCUCACUCUGGCCAUCAUCCUCGAGGCAGUCAACCUGCCAGUGGACCUCUCCCUGAUCCUGGCUGUGGACUGGCUAGUGGACCGGACCUGUACGGUCAUCAACGUGGAAGGUGACGCCUUUGGGGCGGGAAUCCUCCAACGUCUGGUGGAUGGAAGCAAGAUGGAAGAGCCAGUGCCCCAGCUGAUGCCGGAGGAGAGUGACACCAGUAUGAAUACAAUGCGGAUCCUCAGACGCUACUCAAGAUAUCAUAAGGAAAGUAACACCAAGAAGAGCGCAGUCAGACAUUCCGUGCCCUAA